AUGGCUUUCAAAUCGAUUUUUGCCCUUGUAGCUCUUGCGAUUGUCUCUUCUUUUGCACAGAAUCUUGCCACGUGGGUGAGCACCAGCUUUAUCACGGAGAAGUAUAGCAGCUGGAGCACAAUCAAAUACGGCAGCGAAGCCGUGACACCCGUCGCAAAGUCUACAAGCCUCAGCAUCACGACACUGUACACCAACGAGGCGCCCACGACUAGUGACAAGACCGUCACAACGUGGUUCAUCGGCGAGGUGACCGUACCUACUUCAACUUACACCCCUACAACGAUUUUGUCAACCCCGCUCACAGUGACAAGCAAUGGAACUUCUACGAUCACGAAAAUGGUCAGCCCGUGCUUGGCAACUGUCACACUCUCGCCGACUUCCUGUGCCAGCAGCAAGCAAUCCCUAACCGAGAGCACAUCUGAAGCCAAAAAAGCCUCACUAUCCAGUGUCGUGACAGUGUACACGGGCACGUACACUCCCUCCUCGGGACAGGUCAUGACCACGCCGACAGCCUGGGCAACCGCAGUGACCACCUACAUCGACAUCACUGCAUCCUACCGCGUCGUCACGCAGGUCGGAUACGUGGUCACCACCACUAUCACCGCGACAGGGUACAAAUACCUCGCCACAGGAACACUGUCCGCAAACAAGACCAUCACCUACGCGCCGUUCAAGUAUACAAGCGUCGUCUACCUCCAUACCGCCACCGUCACCAGCAGCGACUGGUACCUGGCCUAUACCACCAAAGCGCCCGCCGCCAGCCCCGGAGCCUCCUGCAGCGAGAGCGCGCCGACCGUGACCCGCGUGGCGCCGUGCGCCCCCUCCAACCUCAUCUCGCAGCGCGACGGCCAUGGCGUCGCGGUGCGCUUCCUGCCGCGGGACUGGCGCGUACCGGUCGAGUUCUUCCCGCCUGCGCUGCUCGGCAUCCCGGGCAUGGACGCCAGCGCCUGCUGCCAGCUGUGCUUCGAUAACGCCGGAUGCGCGGCGAGCGAGUGGAGCGGUGCCUCAACGAGCGACGGGUGCAAACUGUACUACUACGGGCACGGCGACGACACGUGCGGCGUGGGGGAGGGCGUCGAGCUCGAGUACUACGCCGACACGAAUUCAUUCCCGGGGCAGGCGAGCUAUCUGCAGCUGGGCUGUGGACAGUUCAAGUACAUCGGGCGUAUGAACCCGUUUUGCCCAGACUGCGAAGUGACUGAGUAG